AUGAUUGAAGAAGUUAGUGAAGAACAAGUAAAUCAGCCAGUGCCUGAGGUGAGAAGAUCAAAUAGGCCUAGAGUUCUACCAGCAAGAUUACAAGAGUGUGAAAUGAACUCAGAUGGUCAAGUGAACAAUGAUGGUGAGUUGAUCCAUUUAGCAUUCAUGGCUGAAUCUGAACCAAUUGAUGUGCAUAGUGCUCUACAAAGUGAAAAGUGGAGAGGUGCUAUGAAAGAAGAAUUGGAUUCAAUUGAAAGCAAUCAAACAUGGGAGCUGGUGGAUCUUCCACUAAGAAAGAAAGCAAUAGAUGUGAAGUGGGUUUACAAGCUGAAAGUGAACUCAAAGGGUGAGAUAACCAGAUACAAAGCAAGGCUAGUGGAAAAGGGAUUUCUUCAGAAAGAAGGUAUUGACUAUGAUGAAGUGUUUGCACCUUUUACUAGAAUGGAAACAAUUAGGUUAGUAACUGCUCUUGCUAACCUAAAUGAUUGGCCAAUGUAUCAAAUGGAUGUGAAGUCAGCUUUUCUGAAUGGUCCUAUAGAAGAGGAAGUAUAUGUUGCCCAGCCACCUGGUUUUGAAGUGAAAGGUCAAGAGCUUAAAGUGUAUAAGCUUAAGAAGGCACUCUAUGGUCUGAAACAAGCUCCAAGAGCCUGGAACAAAAGGAUUGACAAAUUCUUAAAUGAAAUAGGGUUUAAGAAAUGUGUCACAGAACAUGGAGUGUAUGUCAAGAAAGAUGCUGCAAAGGGAGUCAUUAUAAUUUGCCUAUAUGUAGAUGAUUUGCUCAUCACAGGGAGCAAUGAAUCUUAUAUUAGUGAAUUCAAGGGUGACUUGAAGGAAGAGUUUGAAAUGACAGAUUUAGGCCUCAUGACAUAUUUUCUAGGCAUUGAGUUUCUAAGGAAUGAGCAAGGAAUCUUAAUGCACCAGACUAGAUAUGCAUCAGAGAUUUUGAAAAAAUUUGAGAUGGACAAAUGCAAUGUUGCAUUGUCACCUGCAGAGCCAAAGUCACAGCUAACAAAGUGUGCAGAAGAAGAGGAUGUAGACCCUACAUUCUAUAGAAAGAUGAUUGGUUCUCUGAGGUAUUUGUGCAAUACAAGGCCAGACUUGGCUUACAGUGUAGGAAUUGCUAGCAGGUUCAUGGAAAGGCCUAAAAGUUCACACUUGAUUGCAGUGAAAAGGAUACUUAGAUAUGUGAAAGGGACCAUAAACUAUGGUAUUAUGUUCCCUGCAAGUGAUAGAGGCAAAGAAUGCAAGCUGAUAGGCUACACAGAUUCAAAUUGGUGUGGUGAUCAUGAAGAUAGAAAAUCAACAGCUGGCUAUAUGUUUUUCUAUGGUGGAUCACCAAUAUCAUGGUGUUCAAAGAAGGAACCUGUAGUAGCCUUAUCCUCAUGUGAAGCUGAAUAUAUAGCAGCAUCACUCGGCACUUGUCAAGCUAUUUGGUUGAAAAACCUAAUUGAAGAAAUCAGUCAAGACAGGUGUGAGAUAGUGACUUUGAAGAUUGAUAAUGUGUCUGCUAUCAAUCUUGCAAAGAACCCUAUUGCUCAUGGAAGAAGCAAGCAUAUAGAGCUAAGGUUCCAUUACUUAAGAGAGCAGGUAAGCAAUGGUAACUUGGCCCUAAUGCACUGCAGAAGAGAAGAGCAAGUUGCAGACUUGUUAACCAAGGCUGUAACAACACAGGCCUGUGCAGGCCAAAGUGAUCGAAGCCUAGCUUCAGCUGCGUCAACAUCCAACAUUGAAGGGCCUCUUCCUUUUCAACUUGAAACAGGGUACGUGGGAUUGGGGGAAACAGAUGAUGACAUGCAAGUAUUCUACUAUUUUGUCAAAUCAGAGAAUAAUCCUAAGAAAGACCCUCUUAUGCUUUGGUUAACUGGUGGUCCUGGUUGUUCUUCUUUUUCUGGCCUUGUCCAUGAAAUAGGUCCAUAUAAAUUUGAAAUCAAGGAGUACGACGGGAGUCUGCCUAGUUUGGUCUCGAGGCCACAGUCAUGGACAAAGCUAUGCAGCAUUAUUUUUGUAGAUUUGCCACUUGGAACCGGUUUUUCAUAUGCGAAAAAUCUCACUGCUAACCGAAGUGACUGGAAAUUAGUUCACCAUACUCAUCAAUUUCUUAGGAAGUGGCUGAUUGAUCACACUGAAUUUCUUUCAAAUGAAUUCUACAUUGGAGCUGAUUCAUACUCUGGCAUUCCUGUCCCCGUUAUUGUUCAAGAAAUUUCAAAUGGAAAUGAAGAAGGUAUCAAACCAUCGAUAAAUCUCCAGGGAUAUCUGCUAGGGAACCCCGUAACAACACGAAGAGAAAAAAAUUAUCGAAUCCCAUAUGCUCAUGGAAUGGGACUCAUCUCUGAUGAACUCUAUGAGUCACUGCAGAAAAAUUGUAAAGGAGAGUAUAUUGAUGUAGAUUCCAAAAAUGACUAUUGUUUAAGAGAUCUCCAGUCCUUUGAUGAGAACCUUUCAAGAGUUUAUGUGUACAACAUUUUGGAUCGCUUUUGUGAAGAUGAUUCGCUUCUACGGAGGAGAUCAUUGAUUCAGGAGUUGAAGAAAUCUUCUAGUUCUCAUCUCACAGUGCCCGAAUUAAGCUGCGAACUUGCAAAGAUGAACAUGAUGGUUCCUCCUCCUUCUCAUAGUUCACUCUACUAUUGUUUUCAGAUUCUACUUGCUCUUCUGCUUUUUAGUUUGCAGAUGUUAACUCACCAGCUUGAAGCUUCUAGCUCAAAGGUAGAAGUGCUUCCUGGUUUUGAAGGGCCUCUUCCUUUUCAACUUGAAACAGGGUAUGUGGGAUUGGGGGAAACAGAUGAUGACAUGCAAGUGUUUUAUUAUUUUAUCAAAUCAGAGAAUGAUCCUAAGAAAGAUCCUCUUAUGCUUUGGUUAACUGGUGGUCCUGGUUGUUCUUCUUUUUCUGGCCUAGUCUUUCAAAUAGGUCCUGUUGAAUUCGAAAUCAAGGAAUACAAUGGCAGCGUGCCUAGUUUGGUCUUGAGGCCACAAUCAUGGACAAAGCUAUGCAGCAUUAUUUUUGUAGAUUUACCACUUGGAACUGGUUUCUCAUAUGCGAAAAAUCUCACUGCUCACCGAAGCGACUGGAAAUUAGUUCACCAUACUCAUCAAUUUCUUAGGAAGUGGCUGAUUGAUCACCCUGAAUUUCUUUCAAAUGAAUUCUACUUUGGUGCUGAUUCAUACUCCGGCAUUCCUGUACCGGCCAUUGUUCAAGAAAUUUCAAAUGGAAAUGAAGAAGGUCUUCAACCAUCGAUAAAUCUUCAGGGAUAUCUGCUAGGGAACCCGAUAACAACACGAAGAGAAAAAAAUGAUCAAAUCCCAUAUGCUCAUGGAAUGGGACUCAUCUCUGAUGAACUCUAUAAGUCACUGCAGAAAAAUUGUAAAGAAGAAUAUAUUGAUGUAGAUUCCAGAAAUGAGUUGUGUUUAAGAGAUCUCGAGUACUUUGAUGAGUGCCUUUCAGGAAUUAAUCACUUCUACAUUUUGGAUAGUUAUUGUGAAAGUGAUUCGCCACUCUGGAGGAGAUCAUUGACUCAUGAGUUGAAGAAAUCUUCUAGUUCUCAUCUCACAGACACAGUGCCCGAAUUAAGUUGCCGAAUUUAUAGUUCUUACCUCGGUCGUAAGUGGAUUAACAAUGAGCGUGUUCGGAAGGCACUGCAUAUUCGAGAGGGAACCAUAGGGAAAUGGGUACGUUGUUACAAGACUGAUUUUGAGUAUGAGAUCUCUGAUAGCGUUGAGUUUCAUGCAAAUCUAAGCAAAAAAGGAUAUCGCUCUUUGAUAUACAGUGGAGAUCAUGACAUACUUGUUCCUUUCAUGUCUACUCAAGCUUGGAUAAGGGCUCUAAACUACUCCAUUGUUGAUGAUUGGAGGCCAUGGUUUGCAAAUGGCCAAGUGGGAGGAUACACAAGGACUUACUCAAAUCGAAUGACAUUUGCAACUGUGAAGGGUUCAGGACAUAUGGCUCCUGAGUACACUCCCGAGCAAUGUUUUUCCCUGUUCACUAAGUGGAUUUCUAAUUUGCCUUUGUAAAUCAGUAUGUGAUUCAUUAUUUUCAAUGAUUUUCUUUAUUAAAAUUGUCAAUAUUUGAAAAAUUGUGGACUAAGGUAGUAUUGCAAAUAUAUAUAUAUAUAUAUAUAUAUAUAUAUAUAUAUAUAUAUUCCUUUGUUGAAGUAUGUACAAAUGGUUUGGUUGAGUAUUUUCUAAGAAUUGACUUAGUGAAAUCGAGUACUUCAUAUAUGCGAAAAAGAAAUGACCCAUCUGGUUUAGGAUUAAUCGCGGAUAAUGAAUUGGAUCGGAUCAAUAUCAAUCCAUUUUUUUCUAUUCAUUCCAAGGCAAAAAUUCAACAAUCAAUUAGCCAAAAUCACGGAACUAUUCGUAUGUUGUUGAAUAG